GGCUAACCUAGGUUACCUAGUAGGUCACUUAGGUGAGUGCAACGAAUGCUGAACUUGCUGAGUGCGGUGCGUUGCUGCCAGGUUCUAGGCUCUAGACUGGGCUGAAUAUUCACCUAACUUCAAUUUGGUAGCCUCUUUUUUUUCUCCCCUCCAAAAUCCCCACGACCCACGAAACUUAUCAUCAAUCACAACAUCACAACUUCACAACUUCACAACAUACUACUAGGUAUCUACCCAGGAGAUACCACCCGUUUUUACCAUUUCGCAAUAUUAAUUCAUCAUUGUAUGACGGCUUUACAUCUACCGAGACGUUCUCUAGAAUUACCGCCCAUUACCUUUUCCUUUUUUCGUAUCCUGCCUUGUGUCUUCUUUCGCGUCAUGCAGCUGCCAUAGCUCUUUUCCACACUUCCCUUCCCUUUUCACUUCAACCACGAGAAAGCAAGCAACGAAGCAGUAGCGAAAGCGCCGAGCUGGGUUAUUCACUACUGUCUAUCUCGUGUUUGUCUGCAACGACUUCAAAAUUUUUGCGACUUCCUUUAACUUAAGAGGCGUCUUCCUUGGCGCGCCUAGUCUUGGCAGCAUGUCUUCGUCGUCUGGAACACCUGAGUCUUGGAUCUCUUCAUUCUGCUCUCUCCUCGGCCACGAAUAUUUCGCAGAGGUAUCCGAAGAGUUUAUCGAGGAUGAUUUCAACUUGACCGGCCUGCAGACCCAGGUCGCAAUGUAUAAAGAGGCCCUAGAGAUGAUUCUUGACGUUGAACCCGAAGAUGACGAUGAAGAGGACGACGAAGACGAUGAAGAAGAAGAUGAAUCUAUCGAAGGUGUCGACCGUUCGCGGCAUGGCGAACGACGCAAUCACAGCAGAAUAGCUAGUGAUCUCUCGGUCAUCGAAUCCUCCGCCGAGAUGCUUUAUGGCCUCAUCCACCAACGUUUCAUAUGCUCUCGAGCCGGCAUUCAACAGAUGUCUGAGAAGUAUGAGCUAGGUCAUUUUGGUGUCUGUCCCCGAAGCCAUUGCGAACAAUCCAGAACCCUCCCCGUCGGUCUCUCCGAUAUACCGGGCGAAGAAACAGUGAAGCUAUUUUGCCCUUCCUGCCUCGACGUAUACGUCCCGCCGAACAGUCGAUUUCAGACUGUUGAUGGCGCCUUCUUCGGUCGUACCUUUGGUGCACUCUUCCUCCUCACCUUUCCCGAAUACGAUCUUACCAAGCGAGGUGCCGAUGUGCUCGCAAAUGCUCGUAUUAGUGACGACGAUAAGGAUAUGCUCAAUGGUAUGUACACGUGCAAUAUUGCACCUGGACUAGGAAGGAGCAAGAUCUACGAGCCUCGUAUCUAUGGUUUCCGCGUUGCCGAGGCUGCACGAUCGGGCCCGCGAAUGCAAUGGCUACGUGACAAGCCGGAAGAUAUCACAGAAUUAGACGAAGCACGUCUCUAUGCAGAGACGAACCCGGACAGUGAGGAUGAGGAUGAAAACAUGAAUCUUAAUGGACGACCUGUACGAAGGUUACGGCCACGAAGACGGCAUGACCAAGGAGGAAGCUCCAUGGCAGUAGAAACGAACGGUGCAGAAUCAGAACUCUAGGAGAAUGAUGUUGAUCAUAGUAGUGGAGGUGCUCGCCUUUCGGUUGCCGAAUCCAUUGCAUUCAGUGCAGAUAUCAACCACGCAGAAUAACUCACCUAAGCCCCGUGCCUCCGAUUGAUUUUUUUUUUUUUUUUUUUUUUGCUAGGCUGAUGGCAUUGCCGUCGAGAUGUCUCUACUUAGUAGGAGCCCGCCCUUCUUAAUGCUGGUUCUUCAUUGACGGCACGAA